AUGUCUUCCUCCUACCCGGGUAACAUCCCCAAGUGGCUCGAGGGCAACAAAACCUUCGCCACUGAAGUGUUCCCCUCCCUGCCCCAGCCAUGGCACAUGGAUCAGCGCCGGGUGCUGGCCAAAGAAAGCGGCAAGACAACCCUAGUCCUGACCUGCCUCGACCCCCGGUGUGUCCCGGAGACCUUCUUCGGCCCCGAAUUCGACGGCCCGGUGUUUCGGAAUGCCGGAGGCCGCGCCACGGACGACGCGAUCCGCAGCUUUACCCUAUUGCGCGGUCUGGCUGGCCUCAAGAAUGUCGCUGUCAUCCACCACACGGAUUGUGGCGCCAUGCACGCGACGAAGAAGGAGAUUGUCGACACCGUAGCGCCGGAAGGCCCGGAGGCGAAGCGCGCGGCCGAGGAGAUCGACUACGGGCUGUUCUCGCCCGACGAGCUAGAGGAGUCCAUUAGGGACGAUGUCCGCCUGCUGAGAAGCGCAAAGCCACUCGCUGGUGUGAACGUUCUUGGGUUCAAGCUGGAUACUUUCACCGGGAAGAUCGAGCCGGUCGAGGUUGAGACGUGCUGA